CUUCACGUGAAGGUUACCUCAUACUUCUCGACUACUUGAUCAAGCCCAGAAAAGCUUGUCUCUCCUGCUGAUAUUAUUUGUGCCUUUGUACUCGAUUAAUCUAGAGAAGACAUACCAAAUCACAUGUGUUAAAGAUAUACCACAACUUUAGUCAGUAUUGAACCCUUUCAUUAACCAAAUCAUCCGGUAAUCCCAUUCAAAAGUAGAUUGCAAUCACUUAACAUGCAGAAUACUAGUCCGUUAACAACAAUGUCAUUAGCCUCAAAUGAUUUUUAUGAUUCCCCAUCGGGCUCAUCUACCAGCGAGCCACAUGACGAUUUAGUAAACAUCUUAAAUCCCCUCAUCGAUAACUCAUUCUUUUACAAACUCGAUCACCUAUCAACCAAGAACCCGAUGUUUUUUAUGCACAAUCAAAAAAAUGAAACAAGACACGAUAAUAUAUCAUCAGCCAAACAUAUGGAUCAAUCUUCACCUUAUAAUUAUCACACACCAUCCCUAGCUACACCAACCAUUGCAACUCAGUCAAGAAUCAUCGAAUCGCUUCAUCCUGUCAAUUCCCCGGCCGAAUCUAACCAGACCUUUUGGUCCGGAUUCAACAACAUCUUCACCAAUGUAACCAACAAUUCGAUCCCUCCGACAAUUCCUAGUUUGGCCAAGAACUUUAGCGAUUAUAUAUCACAUAGUCCAGUACAUUUACCAAACCCAGUAUAUGUACCAACUUCCCUGUCGUCACUUACCCCACAUGUUGGAUCACCUAGAAAAUGCGAUGAAUCACUGGACACGCCCUUUUCUCAUAAUACACUUACUCCCUCACUUGAUCCAACAACCAAAGGCAUGCAGAUCCGUGUUUUAGGUGUUCCUCAGACCGGAGCAAAAUCGAGAGUAGAAACACAAAUAAAACUGUGCAUACAGCUAGUGACAGAUGACGGUGACAAAUCACAGUGGUGGUCACAUCUAAAGUUGCCUAGACACAUGGUAGCUAAAGAAAGGCUCAAGCGCCAGAGCCUGGUCCCGGCCGUGUCCAAUAAUAUCAAGAUGGAUAGCACGGACCUCCUGGUCAAGCCAGAAAGAACACUAUUUUUGAGUGCCCGGGUAAUUUGUGCGAGCAACCCAUCCAAAAAGGUUGUAACUUGUCUAGGGUGUAUUCAACGCGAACGUAAACGGUCUCAAAGGCGUAAAGAGAACAGAGUCAAGACAGAUACAGACGAUGAAAAGAGUCCUACAGAAGACGAAGAAUCCUUGGCCCUCGAAGAAGAAAAGGUUCUUUUGUUCAAUUGUCCGGACAUGGUUGACUUUAGCUCUGGGGACACGAUACUUCCGACUCGUAUCACUUGCUACUGUAGACACCACAAUGAGCGACUAGGUUUUUGUAUCUACUUUGAAAUGCACGAUCACACUGGUAAACAGGUUGCUACGGGUGUUUCUCCAGCAAUUAUGAUUACAGACGACCACAAGUCUAAUAAGUCCAGAGUCGGGCAGAAGAGACAACGUGCAGAUAUUGAAGCACCCAAAGUUCCUUUGAUGCCUGCCGAAUCGUAUGAACCUUACCAGGAGUUAUCUAGCAAUGAAAGUAAUUCUGGAUCCCGUCGAUUCCGUGCAGCAUACAGAAGUUCCCCGACAUUACACGCACUGCACGAACACAAGAGCCCUCAGCCCCUCUCUUUUAUUGAAUUGAGUCCACCGCGUAAUGAAGAACAUUCAACAAAUAUAGUACGACAUGAAUCAUAUGAUAUUCCGGUAGAACCAAAAGCUCUCACUCGUCUUAUGCUACCCACAGUGGUUUCUCAAGGCCAUGAAAUCUCUCUAGUGUCUGAUACAUCUCACCCGAAAAUAACCGCAGCUGUGGCCAGCAAUGAAGGUCCUCAAUUGAAACGAAUUAUUCCAAGCGAAGGCCCAACCUGUGGAGGAAUUGAGGUUACUAUCCUAGGCAGUGGUUUCCAUCCUGGAUUGACAUGUCUUUUUGGAGAUAUCGAAGCCACUAGCACCCAUUACUGGUCUCAGAAUACGAUUGUAUGUAUACUGCCACCCGCAGCAGAAUCCGGAACUGCAGUUGUGUCAUUCAAAGAGCACCCACUACCUCUGGAAGGAGAUGUUACAUUGUUUAAAUAUUACAGCGAAAAUGACCGUGCCCUCAUGGAGCUUGCUCUGCAGGUAGUUGGACUAAAGAUGACGGGAAAGGUUGAAGAAGCCCGAAAGAUUGCGAUCCAAAUUGUACAGAAUGGAGGAGGCCACGGACAUCAAGCAUCAAAUGAAACGACAUCUGAUAGCAACACCCAGAAUCGGCACAAGGAUAUGUCUUCCUCCUCAGAUUAUACACCCGAGAUAAAACAAUCAUUGUCAAGAUAUUCAGCAGCAAAGAGACACCCAUUCUUUGUUGUCUUUUAGAGAUACCCUCCCACCAAAUCACCACCAAAUUGGCCUCAACUUUAGAGCCAUAUGGUUAUACAGUUUACCAUCUCCGGAAGGUGGUUUUUCUUUUUAUUUUCUUUUCUUUCACUAUUAUAUUAUACAUAUAUGAUAUUUAUGGUAGGGCACAUUCAAGUCAUUUACUAUAAUGUUUUUUUUUCUCUUUUAUAUUUUCUUUAUUAUGCAUGAAGGGCAUCUUUAUAUUCUAAUAAGCACCCCUAUCAAUUUCUAUAUACAAAUCAUACAGUGUUUCUAUGCCACAAAAC